AUGUUCGCUGCUCGCCAGUCGUUCGGUGCCUUCCAGAAGCGGGCUUUCUCCGCCUCUGCUCGUCAGGCCUCCAAGGUCACCGUUCUCGGUGCCGCUGGUGGUAUUGGUCAGCCUUUGUCUUUGUUGAUGAAGCUCAAUCCCCGUGUUAGCCAGCUUGCUCUUUACGAUAUUCGCGGUGGCCCUGGUGUCGCUGCCGAUCUCAGCCACAUCAACACCAACAGCACCGUCACCGGAUACGACCCUACUCCUUCCGGAUUGAGUGAGGCUCUCAAGGACGCUGAGAUUGUCCUCAUCCCUGCCGGUGUUCCUCGCAAGCCUGGCAUGACCCGUGACGAUCUCUUCAACACCAAUGCUUCCAUCGUCCGUGACCUCGCCAAGGCCACUGCUGAUGCUGCUCCCAAUGCCAAGAUCCUUGUCAUCUCCAACCCUGUUAACUCCACCGUCCCCAUUGUCGCUGAGGUCUUCAAGUCCAAGGGCGUCUACAACCCCAAGCGCCUCUUCGGUGUCACCACCCUUGAUGUUGUCCGUGCCUCCCGCUUCAUCUCCCAGGUCAAAACCACCGACCCUGCCAACGAGGAAGUCCCCGUCGUCGGUGGCCACUCCGGUGUGACCAUCGUCCCUCUCCUCUCCCAGUCCAACCACGCCGACAUUGAAGGCGAGACCCGCGACGCCCUCGUCAACCGCAUCCAGUUCGGUGGUGACGAAGUCGUCAAGGCCAAGGACGGUGCUGGUUCCGCCACCCUCUCCAUGGCUUUCGCCGGUGCCCGUUUCGCCGAGUCCCUCCUCAAGGCCGCUCAGGGUGUCCAGGGUGUCAUUGAACCCACCUUUGUCGACAGCCCCCUCUACAAGGACCAGGGUAUCGACUUCUUCGCUUCCCGUGUCGAGUUGGGUCCUGAUGGUGUUAAGGAGAUUCUCCCUGUUGGUCAGGUCAAUGCUUAUGAGGAGAAGCUCCUCGAGGCUUGCCUUGCUGACUUGAAGAAGAACAUCAAGAAGGGCGUUGACUUUGUUGCCCAGAACCCUUAA